CCCCUCGCCGAGUCCAGACCUUUUUAACCAUGUAGCCAACCAGCAAUCUCAGAGCCUCGGAGAUCCCAUUAAUGGCGAUUGCUGUGAUUCGUUUCUCAACAAACACUCGAAUUCGUCUCUGUCAGUUACUGCUUUCCUAAUUCAUGGAAAUUUUAUUGUAUUUCUUUUACGUCAGUGUUUCACGGUAUCAGAUUCUCAAUUGACCACGUAAAGAUUUAUAUCCGAUAGAUAUAGCUUCUCAAAGUUCGUAAUUCGUUAGGGUUUACUACUUGUUGAUAACCGUAUGUGCUCUUGGAUGUGAUUGGGAUGGUUACUAAUGGCUCGAGACGGACACAUCGUUCCUGCGGAUCCUCAGGCUGCUCUGAAGAAGAAAACAGCCGUCUCGAGGAGUUGGAUAUUGCUGGAUUGCACUGGAGAGGGCACUAUAUUGGAUGUCGACAAGUAUGCUAUUAUGCACAGGGUUCAGAUUCACGCCAGAGAUCUCAGGAUCCUCGACCCUCUGUUGUCGUAUCCUUCCACCAUUUUAGGUCGAGAGAAGGCUAUAGUUCUCAAUUUGGAGCAUAUCAAAGCAAUAAUCACUGCAGAUGAGGUAUUACUUCGGGAUCCACUAGAUGAUAAUGUUAUUCCCAUUGUUGAAGAACUUAGAAGGCGACUGCCACCUUCGAAUCUCAUUCACCAAGGACAAGGAGAUGGGAAGGAGCAUCUGAGUGGGCAAAAUGAUGAAGCAGGCGAAGAAGAUGAGUCCCCGUUUGAAUUUCGGGCACUGGAAGUAGCAUUAGAAGCCAUUUGUAGUUUUCUUGGUGCACGUACAACAGAACUGGAGACCGCUGCUUACCCAGCUUUAGAUGAGCUGACCUCGAAGAUAAGUAGCCGGAACUUGGAUCGGGUACGUAAACUGAAGAGUGCAAUGACAAGGUUGACUGCUCGGGUUCAAAAGGUAAGAGAUGAGCUUGAACAACUUCUGGAUGAUGAUGAUGAUAUGGCUGACCUAUACUUGUCAAGAAAAUUGGCUGGGGCUUCUUCCCCUGUUAGUGGAUAUGGUGUGCCUAAUUGGUGCCCUGCAUCCCCUACUAUAGGAUCAAAGAUAUCCAGAGCCAGUAGGGCAAGUGCUGCAACCAUUCGUGGAGAUGAGAAUGACGUUGAGGAGCUUGAAAUGUUACUUGAGGCAUACUUUAUGCAAAUUGAUGGGACAUUGAACAAAUUGACCACGCUGCGUGAGUAUAUCGAUGACACAGAGGAUUACAUUAAUAUUCAGCUUGACAAUCAUCGAAAUCAGUUGAUUCAGCUGGAGCUCUUCCUAAGUUCUGGCACUGUUUGUUUGUCCAUCUAUUCUUUGGUGGCUGGAAUAUUUGGCAUGAACAUCCCUUAUACAUGGAAUGAUGAUCAUGGAUACGUGUUUAAAUGGGUGGUCAUCCUCACGGGAAUAGUUUGUAUUUCCCUUUUUGUGUUGAUCAUUUCGUACGCGCGCCACAAAGGUCUCAUUGGAUCUUGAAUAUCU